AUGUUGCUUCACAAUCUAUGCUUGGUCGGUUGCCUCGCAGUCCUUGCCGUGGCCAAGCCGCUGAAUGAAAACCGUGCCGCGAAGUUCCAAUUCAUCGGCAUCAACGAGUCAGGCCCGGAGUUCGGUGCUCAGAAUCUGCCUGGCACUUACAAUGUCGACUAUACCUGGCCGAACCUGCCAACGAUCAAGACCUUCGUGUCACAGGGUAUGAACGUGUUUCGUGUCAAUAUUUUGAUGGAACGCAUCAUCCCCAACCAAAUGACCGGACCUUUGGAUCCGAAUUACCUGGGAAACUUGACGCAGACGGUCAACUAUAUCACUUCGCUGGGUGCAUAUGCGAUCAUCGUCCCGCACAACUACGGCCGCUAUUAUGGCAAUGUGAUCACCAGUGCUAGUGAUUUCCAGACAUUCUGGAAGACGCUCGCGACGCCUUAUAAGAGCAACUCGCGUGUGAUAUUCGACACCAAUAACGAGUACCACGAUAUGGCGGGAACCUUGGUCGCACAACUGAAUCAAGCCGCAAUCAACGGUAUACGCGGCGCUGGAGCGACGUCACAGUAUAUCACUGCCGAAGGUAAUGCGUAUACCGGCGCCUGGACAUGGACAACCCAGGCAGGUACAGAUGGGAAAACGAACGCUCAGACAAUGGGAUCCCUGACAGACUCGUCGAACAAGCUGAUUUAUCAGAUGCAUCAAUAUCUCGACGCUGAUGGCAGUGGAACAUCGGCAACAUGUGUCAACAGCACGAUCGGUGCAGACCGACUAGUAGCCGCCACGCAGUGGCUCCGAAGCAACAAGAAGAAAGGUCUCAUCGGCGAGUUCGCGGGCGGGGUGAAUUCUGUGUGCGAAUCUGCAGUCGACGGUAUGCUUUCGUACAUUCAGCAAAACACUGAUGUAUGGACUGGUGCUCUCUGGUGGGCCGCUGGGCCAUGGUGGGGCUCGUACAUGUUCAGCCUUGAGCCAACAUCUGGCCCAGCGUACUCUACGUACGAUCCAGAGAUCCUGAAGUAUGCAUAG